CAGCUUAUCUUAGGUGUGGCGUUGUAUACUAAGGAAGCAACUUCAGACAGUCUUCUCUGUGAUACUCGGCUGUAUGUCAGAUGCAAUUCUUCUGGCUGAGACUACUAUACUGCCCAGUGGGGUUGAUUUAUCUCUAUUUUCUAUACUAAUAAAAGCUGUAGGAAAGGAAGAGGCGCUUGUGCAGGUGACUGCCUUCAUUCCUCUGAUGUAUAUGUGUGUUUGCACAUACUAUUCCUUGUUCAAAAUUGGAAUGUUAACAUUUUACUCAUUUACUCCAAGACAAACAAAUUCAGUCAGCUUGCUUAUGAUAUGCUCGAUGGUUGCUCGAUAUGCACCUCCAAUUUCCUACAACUUUCUUAAUCUUAUUCGUCUGGAAGGCGACCGCAAAACUGUCUUUGAAAAGAGAAUGGGGAAUAUUGAUGAUGCUGUCCCUUUCUUUGGGAAAGGAUUCAAUAAAAUCUACCCGCUUAUCAUGGUUAUAUACACCAUAGUGAUUGCAAGCAAUUUGUUUGAUCGGGUCAUUAAUUAUUUUGGAAACUGGAAGAUAUUCAGGUUUCAAAGUGAUGCUGAAGAUAUGGAUGGAUUUGAUCCAUCAGGAUUGAUUAUUUUGCAGAAAGAACGGUCUUGGCUUGAACAAGGACACAAGGUUGGUGAACUUGUUAUUCCAUUAGCAAGGAAUUUCAACAAUGUAAGCUUGGAUCUUGAGUCUAGCAGCAAUAACAAGGUCAACGUUGAAAUGAAAGCGACAACCAGUUUAAUUGAGGAUGGACAACGAGGUUACUCAAAGCCUCCACAAGGAGAGGCCCAACAUCAGACCACAAGAGAAUCCAUUGGCAGAAAGUACACGGCCAUAAGGACACAACCAAGCAAAGAACCGACCAACCUAAAUGCCACUUCAUCCGAUGCAAGCAAGUCUCAGAAUACAACCACUGGAUCGUCUUCUGGUGUAGCCUCAACCUGGGAAUCUAUGAAGUCAGGUUUCCAAAAUUUCAAGUCUAAUAUAGGGGCCAAGAAAUUCCUUCCCUUGCGCCAGGUUCAAGAUACGGAUCACUCCCAAGGUUCCUCAUCCGAAUCCCUUGAUGAAAUAUUCCAGAAAUUAAAACGGCCAACUGUAGAUCAUAGAAGUUAUGGCGCUGAUGAUUAUGACGAUGAACUUGGUGAUCAUGCAAUGCCAGGGAGCACCAGGUGAUCACAUCUAACCGAUGGUCUUGUGCAAUUGGGGCGAUUGUGCAUUUUGUUUCAUGAAAUCAUGAGAAAUAUAUGCAUUCUGCAGAGAUGACACGACACGAUGAUGCUAACAGCUCAUCAACUGCAGCAAUGGAUGAGGUUAGCGAACAUAAAGAGUAUACAUAUAUUAUUACUAGUAUACAAGAAAAUACAACCCAUGUUUUUUGGUCCAAUUUGUAUGUAGUCGGGGAACACUGUAAACUUGUGACUGUCAUGGAAAAUCUGGAUGUAAUUGAAUAUAGUCAUCGCAAUUAAUGUAAUUUUUUUUUUCUCUCUCCUCAUCAGGAAGGAGUUAUCAUAGAAAUUCUUCUUCUUGGGUUUGUCAGAGACAUGUAUUAUGUAUUGCAGAAUUCAAAAUUUAUUUUAUUUUAAACCUAGUUUUUGGUUAUUA